ACGCGCUCAUAUAAAGAGCGCAGCGUUCGCAGUCAGAGUUCGUCAGAGAAGUGGAACCCAAUGAUUCCCAUAUGUCCAGUGGUCUCCUUCACCUAUGUGCCCAGCCGGCUAGGUGAAGAUGCCAAAAUGGCUACCGGCGGCAAUUAUUUUGGAUUCACCCACGGUGCUGCUGCGCAGUACAGUCAGCAGCCGACCGCUGGAGUAGCCUACACUCAUCCUACCACGGUAGCCAGCUACACCGUGCACCAGGCCCCAGUGGCUGCUCACACUGUAGCUGCGGCCUUCGCCCCCACAGCUGCUACCGUUGCUGUCGCCAGACCUGCACCUGUCGCUGUUGCAGCAGCGGCCACUGCGGCAGCUUACGGAGGUUACCAGCCUGCCCAUGCUACCACAGACUAUGGCUAUGCCCAGCGGCAGCCUGAAGUUCCCCCACCACCUCCACCGGUCACCUCACAGAACUACCAGGAUUCCUAUUCUUAUGUUCGGUCCUCAGCUCCAGUUGUAGCCUAUGACAGUAAACAAUACUACCAGCAACCCACAGCUACAGCAGCUGUAGCAGCAGCAGCUGCCCAGCCACAGCCGACAGUGGCAGAGACCUACUACCAAGCAGCCCCUAAAACGGGAUACAGCCAGGGUGCAACACCAUAUACACAAACCCAGCAAACGCGCCAAGUUACAGCCAUAAAGCCAGCCACACAGAGUCCGGCCACCUCCACCUUCUCCAUCUACCCAGUGUCUUCUGCAGUGCAGCCAGUGGCAGCUGCAGCAGCUGCUGCAUCCUCUGUGGUCCCGUCUUACUCCCAGAGCCCUACAUACAGCACCAAUGCUGUUACAUAUUCAGGCACAUCAUAUUCAGGUUAUGAGGCAGCGGUGUACUCUGCAGCAUCCUCUUACUACCAGCAACAGCAGCAGCAACAGAAACAAGCCGUCGCUGCUGCAGCUGCCACUGCUGCCUGGACUGGAAGCACUUUUACCAAGAAGACACCUUUCCAGAACAAAACACUUAAACCCAAACAGCCACCAAAACCACCACAAAUACACUACUGUGACGUGUGCAAGAUUAGCUGCGCAGGUCCACAGACGUACAAGGAGCAUCUAGAAGGUCAGAAGCACAAGAAGAAGGAAGCGGCGCUGAAGGUCUCUCAAAGCAGCAGUAGCACCAGUGGUGGCAGCAGCUCGGCCCGAAACACACAAAACCAGCUUCGCUGCGAGCUCUGCGAUGUUGCCUGCACUGGGGCAGAUGCCUAUGCGGCCCACAUCCGUGGCGCUAAACAUCAGAAGGUUGUAAAACUCCACACCAAACUCGGGAAACCCAUUCCUUCCACGGAGCCGAGUAUGGUGACCCAGACGUCCACUUCCACUACAGCAGCUCCCAGUAAAACAGCCAGUGCUGCCAUCAGCAGUUCUACCAGCAGUACUGCAUCUGCCAUGAACGUCUCCUCCUCCACUGGCUCCAGUUCCUCCUACCUAAAACCCCUUGGCAUGGUUAACACUGCUGCUUCAGCUAUGCAGGGCAAGAGUCCUGCUCCCAGCAGCAUUUCCUCAACUGCGGCAACAAUCAAGAAAGUCAACACACCCAAGAUAAACUUCGUUGGAGGAAACAAAUUACAGACCACUGGUGUUAAAAUGGAUGAGUCAAAAGUUGAGGCAUCCAAACCUGUACAGACCUCGUUAGGAGCACCGUCACAGGAAGUUAAAAACGACACCCCGGAUCCUAUGUCCCCUCAGUCAGCUCUGGCAGCUUUACAGAGUGAUGUUCAGCCUGUCGGUCAUGACUAUGUUGAAGAGGUUCGGAAUGACGAAGGAAAAGUAAUCCGGUUCCACUGCAAGCUGUGUGAAUGCAGUUUUAACGAUCCCAAUGCAAAGGAAAUGCAUCUUAAAGGAAGGAGACAUCGUUUACAAUAUAAGAAAAAAGUGAAUCCAGACCUCCAGGUGGAAGUGAAGCCCAGCAUCCGAGCUCGGAAGAUCCAAGAGGAGAAGAUGAGGAAACAAAUGCAAAAGGAAGAAUACUGGCGGCGGCGUGAAGAAGAGGAGCGCUGGAGGAUGGAGAUGAGGCGCUACGAAGAGGACAUGUACUGGCGACGAAUGGAGGAGGAGCAACACCACUGGGAGGAAAGGCGCAGGAUGCCUGAUGGUGGUUAUCCACAGGGUCCACCAGGACCUCCUGGUCUUCUUGGGGUGAGACCUGGAAUGCCCAUCCCACAGCCGCAAGGCCCUGUGCCCCCACGGCGCCCUGAUUCUUCUGACGAUCGUUAUGUGAUGACAAAGCAUGCUGCUAUUUACCCUUCUGAAGAAGAGCUCCAGGCCAUUCAGAAGAUUGUUUCCAUCACAGAGCGUGCCCUCAAGCUUGUAUCGGACAUCAUUACUGACCAAGACAAGGGCAAAGAAGAGGACAAAGACAAGAAAGAGCCUCCCAAAGACAGAGCACUGAAGGGAGUAAUGAGGGUCGGUGUACUGGCCAAAGGACUGCUCCUGCGUGGAGAUAAGAACGUCAACCUUGUUCUCCUUUGCUCUGAGAAACCCAGCAAGAGUCUGCUGUCCCGCAUUGUAGAGCACCUCCCCAAACAACUUGCACUUGUUACACCAGAGAAGUACGAGGUGAAAGGCUCAGUCCAAGAAGCUGCAAUCAUCCUGACUUCCUGUGCUGAGCCCAAGAUGCAGGUGACGAUAACGCUGACCUCGCCAAUCAUCAGAGAGGAGAAUGCACGGGAUGGAGAUGUAACCUCGGGUAUGGUGAAAGACCCAGCGGACGUCUUGGACAGGCAAAAAUGCCUUGACGCUCUGGCUGCCCUACGCCACGCUAAGUGGUUCCAGGCUAGAGCCAAUGGACUCCAGUCCUGCGUGAUUGUUAUUCGUAUCCUGCGUGACCUUUGUCAGAGAGUACCGACCUGGUCUGCUUUUCCGAGCUGGGCCAUGGAACUGCUUGUGGAGAAGGCAAUCAGCAGCGCCUCUGGACCGAUGAGCCCUGGUGAUGCGCUGAGGCGAGUCUUUGAAUGUAUUGCCUCCGGAAUUCUGCUUCCUGGUGGCCCAGGGUUAAUGGACCCGUGUGAGAAAAAUCCGACAGACACCUUGGGUACCAUGGAGGAGCAGCAGCGAGAGGAUAUAACGUCAAGUGCGCAGUUUGCCCUGCGGCUCUUGGCAUUCCGUCAGAUCCAUAAGGUUCUAGGUAUGGACCCCUUGCCUCAGUUGAACCCACGAUUCAACGUGAGGAACAAUCGCAAGAGGAGGCGCGACAAUAGCGACGGCACAGACGGCUUUGAGGGCGAGGGGAAGAAGGACAAGAAGGACUUUGAUGGCUUCUAAAUAAGCUUCACAAAGCUCACUCAUUUCUUGUUCUCCGUAUUCCAGUGGUGCGAAAGCUGGUUUCCGUAGGUCUCUGUGCAUGCUCAUUGCUGCUGCUCAGAAAGAAUUUUAUGGCUUGUAAGAAGCCCAUUGAUGAGCACCCUUUAUGGCUUUCAGUUCGCUUCUCAUACCCGUAAAUGACCUACGAAGGCAGCUUGGUCAACGUGACGCUUCAUUUCAACAGCUUUACUAAAAUAUUUAACG